GAGAAGUCGGGUCUGGGGUGGGAGCUCAGCUCCCCGUCGCCGUGACGUGGCCACGGGCUUAGGGUUUACUGUUCAGCAGUAGGGCCGGUGGCAGCUCUGAAAGCCGGAAGUUGGGGGACGAGCUCUUCAGAGUCGGUGCUGGGGGGUUUGGAAUUAUCUGGGCGGUAGCAUGAUCAAGCAGAUCCUGGGGCGGUUCCCGAAGAAGCCGUCCAAGUCGGGGGACAAGGACCCCGUUGCCCGGCCGAGCGCAUCCUCGGCGCCGAACCCGCAGUUCGGUCCGAGGGGCGCCAGCUCGGGUGGCCAGACGCCGGUCAUCUCCAGCUACGGGCUCAGCUACGGGAGCGGCCCGCACCCCGGGAACGGGAACGGGAACGCGAGGGCGAACGGCACCUCGGCGCCGGCGGCCUUCGAGCUCUUGCCGAGCUUCAAGGAUGUGGCCAACGCCGAGAAGAACAACCUGUUUGUCAGGAAGCUGAACCUGUGCUGCGUCACGUUCGACUUCGGCGACCCGACCAAGAGCGUGAAGGAGAAGGAGGUGAAGCGGCAGACUUUGUUGGAGCUCGUUGACUAUGUCGCCGCGGCCAGUGGGAAGUUUCCGGAGAUUGUUAUGCAGGAGACCACGAGGAUGGUCUCUGUGAACCUGUUCAGGACGCUGACUACCCCGCCCAGGGAGAACAAUAUUUCAGCCUAUGAUCUGGAUGAGGAUGAGCCUGUGAUGGACCCUGCGUGGUCGCACUUGCAGAUUGUCUAUGAGCUGUUCUUGAGGUUCAUCCAGUCUCCGGAGACUGAUGCCAAGCUCGCUAAAAGGUACAUCGACCAUUCGUUUGUGCUCAGGCUUCUUGAUCUCUUUGACUCUGAGGACCCUAGGGAGAGGGAGUACCUCAAGAUGAUACUUCACCGUGUGUAUGGGAAGUUCAUGGUUCAUCGCCCGGUCAUUAGGAAAGCCAUCAACAACACCUUCUACCAGUUCAUCUAUGAAACCGAGAAACACAAUGGGAUUGCAGAGCUUUUGGAGAUCUUGGGGAGCAUCAUCAAUGGGUUCGCGUUGCCGCUUAAGGAAGAGCAUAAACUGUUCCUUGUCCGGGCCUUGAUUCCGCUUCACAAGCCAAAGUGCAUUCAACUGUAUCACCAACAGCUGUCUUACUGCAUUACCCAGUUUGUCGAAAAGGAUUGCAAACUUUCGGACACAGUUAUCAGGGGCCUACUGAAAUAUUGGCCCAUCACAAACAGCACCAAGGAGGUGAUGUUUCUGGGGGAGCUGGAAGAGAUAUUAGAAGCUACACAGCCUGCCGAGUUUCAGAAAUGCAUGGUUCCUCUUUUCCGCCAGAUUGCACGUUGUCUGAACAGUUCUCACUUUCAGGUUGCUGAGAGAUCGUUGUUUUUGUGGAACAACGACCAUAUCGAGGGUUUGAUCAAACAAAAUAGCAAGGUGAUACUACCUAUCAUCUUGCCUGCACUGGAGAGGAAUUCCAGUGGGCACUGGAACCAAGUUGUGCAAAGCCUAACUAUUAAUGUGCGCAAACUGUUCUCUGAUCAUGACGCUGGGCUGUACACCGAGUGUUUGCGGAAAUAUGAGGAAGCCAAGGCCAAAGAGAAGGAGGUCAAAUCGAAGCAAGAGGCCACAUGGAGACGCCUAGAAGAGAUCGCAUCAGCAAAAGCAACAAGUGGAGAGGCUGUGCUUGUCUCUCGAUCCUUACCGCGUCAAUCUUCAGGGGUGUAGCUAAUUAUUCAAGUGGUCUCCAGAGAUUCAUGAAACAUUGUACAGGAUUGAAUUGUAUAUACAAGGUAUAUUAGGCGGGCAAAUCAACGGAAGAUCUUAGAAGCCAGUCGGGUUAGGCGCAGCGCAUUAUCAUCACCAUUUCUAAAUCCCGAGCCUUGGCUUCUUUUGGCAUGCUGAGAUCUGCAGUUUAUUGCUGUAUCCUUUAUCCUUGUCCGAGUUGGGUUACGAUUUGUUCCUCCAGUGGAAAAGUUUGUUUCGGAAGGUUGGUUGUUGUGGUCGGUGGGUAGAUCUCUAGUUAGAGAGAGGGUUUCAUUUAAGAAUGAGUCAUGGUUCUUGAGUCGGCAUGGUUGUAAAUGGAAGCAAAUUUUUCUUUCUGAAUACGAAGACCAAAUAUUUCUCACAGAAUGUGUUGGGUGCAUUCAUUUCA